AUGUUCCGGAACGCCCUCCGACAGAGCACCCGCGCCGUCGGUGCCCUCUCUGCCUCGAGCAGAGUCCUCGCUCGAAAUGCCGCACCCGUCGUUGCUGCUCGCCAAACCCGCACCUAUGCCGAAGCUAAGGCCUCCCCGACCGAGGUCUCUUCCAUCCUCGAGCAGAGGAUCCGCGGUGUCCAGGAGGAGGCUGGCCUCGCCGAGACUGGCCGCGUCCUCUCUGUCGGUGACGGUAUCGCCCGUGUGUAUGGCAUGAACAACGUUCAGGCCGAGGAGCUUGUCGAGUUCGCCUCUGGCGUCAAGGGCAUGUGCAUGAACCUCGAGGCCGGCCAGGUCGGUGUCGUGCUUUUCGGUUCUGAUCGUCUCGUCAAGGAGGGUGAGGUCGUCAAGCGUACCGGUGAAAUCGUCGAUGUCCCCGUCGGCCCCGAGCUUCUCGGCCGCGUCGUCGAUGCUCUGGGCAACCCAAUUGACGGCAAGGGCCCCAUCAACUACAAGGAGAAGCGCCGUGCCCAGCUCAAGGCCCCCGGCAUUCUGCCCCGCCGCUCCGUCCACGAGCCUGUCCAGACCGGUCUCAAGUCCAUCGACGCCAUGGUCCCCAUCGGCCGUGGCCAGCGUGAGCUGAUUAUCGGUGACCGUCAGACUGGCAAGACUGCCGUGGCUCUGGAUGCGAUCCUCAACCAGAAGCGCUGGAACAACGGCACCGACGAGAAGAAGAAGCUUUACUGCAUUUACGUCGCCGUCGGCCAGAAGCGUUCCACCGUCGCUCAGCUCGUCAAGACCCUUGAGGAGAACGAUGCCCUCAAGUACUCCAUCGUUGUCGCUGCCACUGCUUCUGAGGCUGCUCCUCUGCAGUACAUUGCUCCCUUCACCGCCACGGCAAUGGGAGAGUGGUUUAGGGACAACGGCAAGCAUGCCCUGAUCAUCUACGACGAUCUGUCGAAGCAGGCCGUUGCCUAUCGUCAGAUGUCUCUGCUGCUGCGUCGUCCUCCGGGCCGUGAGGCUUACCCCGGUGACGUCUUCUACCUCCACUCCCGUCUGCUGGAGCGUGCCGCCAAGAUGAACGACAAGCACGGCGGUGGUUCUCUCACUGCUCUGCCCGUCAUUGAGACCCAGGGUGGUGAUGUCUCUGCCUAUAUUCCCACCAACGUCAUUUCCAUUACCGACGGCCAGAUCUUCCUGGAGUCCGAGCUCUUCUACAAGGGUGUCCGCCCCGCCAUCAACGUCGGUCUGUCCGUCUCUCGUGUCGGUUCCGCUGCUCAGGUCAAGGCCAUGAAGCAGGUUGCCGGUUCCUUGAAGCUCUUCUUGGCUCAGUACCGUGAGGUCGCUGCUUUCGCCCAGUUCGGUUCCGAUCUCGAUGCUGCUACCAAGCAGACCCUCAACCGUGGUGAGCGCCUGACCGAGCUCCUCAAGCAGAAGCAGUACUCGCCCAUGGCCGUCAACGAGAUGGUUCCUCUCAUCUUCGCUGGUGUCAACGGCUACCUCGAUGCCGUCCCUGUCAACAAGAUCCUCCAGUGGGAGGCUGACUUCCUGACCCACCUCAAGACCAACGCCCCGGAGAUCCAGGCCGCCAUCGACAAGGAGGGUGCCAUCAGCAAGGAGACCGAGGCUAAGCUGAGGGAGGUCAUUGAGUCCUUCACCAAGAGCUUCCUCGCUGCGUAA